AUGGCUAGCUUGAAGGACUUCCGUGUUCUCACUUUCGAUGUCUACGGAACUCUAAUCGACUGGGAAGGCGGCAUGCUCACGGCCCUGCAACCCCUUUUGGACGAGAACAAGCGCACAGACUUCACCCGCAAGCACCUCCUGGACGUCUACCACGAGCUUGAGGCCAAGCAGCAGACAAAGACGCCAGACAUGCCUUACUACCAGCUCGUGGCCACCAUUCACCCCCAGAUUGCUGAAAAACUUGGCCUCGCAGCUCCGACGGCCGAGGCUUCGAAGGCCUUCGGCGACUCAGUCGGCAACUGGCCUGCGUUUCCCGACACCGUGGACGCGCUGCGCCGUCUUCAAAAGUUCUACAAACUCGUCGUUCUGUCCAACGUCGACCGCGAGUCUUUUGCGAAGAGCAACGCCGGCCCGCUUCAGGGUGUGCCUUUUGAUCUUGUGGUGACUGCGCAGGAUGUGGGGUCUUACAAGCCUGACCAGCGCAACUUCAGCUACAUGCUGCAGAAGGUCAAAGAGACAUUUGGUGUGGAGAAGGACCAGGUGUUGCAAACGGCUCAGAGCCAGUUUCACGACCAUCACCCGGCUAAGGAGGCGGGUAUCAAGUCGUCUUGGAUUGUCCGACCCGGUGCGGUUAUGGGAAACAGGGAUGUUGAGAUUUUCGACUUCAAGUUUGACACGUUGGGACAGAUGGCAGAUGCUCUUGAGAAGGAGCUGGCAUAA